UUGGACCUUCACACACUCAAGCAGUCGUGAAGCAGGAGGAAAGGAAGGGCCCAGGGACACUGCAGAGUUAACUAUGAAAUUUGAAUUUAACCCCAGAGAUGGGAUCGAUAACCCAGCCCUGUCACUGGCAGAGGAUUCUGAGCCAGAGGGAGGCGCUCAGGUGCGCUUCUGCUUCCUGAAGAAAGAGGACGGGGAGAGCUUUGGGUUCUGGCUACGGCAGGAGGCGGCCAACAACGGGCACAUCGUGCGACAGGUGACGCCAGGGGGUGUGGCUCACCGCAGAGGCCUGCAGGAUGGAGACCGGAUCUUAGAGGUGAACGGGGCUUAUGUCGAAGGCCUGGAGCACUUCAGGGUGGUUUGGAAGAUCAAGAGCAGCGGGAAGCAAGUCUCUCUCACCGUCCUGGAUGGGACAUCCUAUGAGUUGGCAAAUGCCCUCGACCGGGACAUUGGCCAGCUCUUGCCCCAUCACAACAGGCCACGGCUGUGCUGCGUCAACAAGGACCAAAGUGGCUUCGGCUUCAGUGUUUCAGCUCCAGAAGGGGUGAAGGGCACAUUCCGACUGUCUGUGCCAAAGGACGGGCCAGCUCACAAGGCAGGGGUGCCAGAUGGUUCGUGGCUCCUGGAGCUCAACGGUGCUUGUGUGGAGAGUUGGACUUUUGCACAGCUUCACAAAAAGAUCAAGCACAGCAGCAACCCAAUGGGGCUGCUGGUGAUCGACGCCAAAUCAGAGGAGUUUUACCGGCAACGCGGCGUUAAGGUAACAGCCGCCAUGGCUGACGCUUCCUGGGUUCCUUUUGAGGUGAGGAAGCUGCAGAUGGUGAGAGGCCAAGAUGGAUACGGAUUCUUGUUGAAAGAAGAAAAACGUUGCUCAGGAGAAAGAGGUCAGUUUCUGAGGGAGGUCGAGUCCGGGUUGCCAGCUGAGAAGGCAGGGAUGAGAGAUGGCGACCGUCUCCUGGCUGUGAACGGUGAGGGCACUGAGGACCUGGACCACCAGGAGGUGGUGCUGAGGAUACGGGCCGACAGCAGCCGGGUGGCCCUGUUGGUUAUUGACGCAGAAGGAAGCAAGUUCUACGACUCGGUUGGGUUAUCACCUCUCCUUUUCUACGAUGACCAUGAGCCCCCAUCGGGCUUGCACGUCGUUCAUGCCUCCCCCUCUCCCAGCAUGCCCCAGGAAAAUAGCAACGCUGCCUUCGCGCCCUGCCUCUGUCACCCGAGAACGGACCUCCAUGAGAACAGACUGCAUCCGGAGCAGUCUGGCAGCAGCUCGUCAGCCUUCGCAAAAGAGGGCCAAGAUGCAUUGAGCCAUGCAUUCUAGAAGCUGCCAGGCCAUUAUCACCGAGCACAACUUCAGCCUGGCUCUGCAGGGAGCUGAACUCCUGUUUGUGG